AUGGCCAUUGCUACAACCAAUGAGGAGUUGUCAGCACAGCGCUUGAUCAAAUCGUCCAAGUCCUUUCCUCCAGAGAAGACGUCGACCCUCCUGUCAAUCAUGAAGAUCGUCCUGGAGGAUGCCGUGCGCUUGCGCCUGAACCCCGACGAUGCCUUUGGACUGUUCCAGGAUUGGCUUCUGAAGCAUGCCGUGGAGCGGCCGCCUCGAAGUGUUGGCAUCUUCUCCUUUGAUGACGUGACAUCGAUUGUGGAGUACGUGGCCAACUCCUUCUUUCGCCACUACAGGUUGUACAUGUAUGCCUUCACGACGAAGUGCGAUGUCUUCCUGCGCGUGGGCGAACCACUGGGAGGUGCGACGCCGCCCCUGCGGGAUCCGGCGCCCAUGACCUUGGACUGCGAAGUCGACCCGCUUACACAGCCCGAGCUUGCGCACCUCUUCAGGCCCUCGGAGCAGGAGAUGGCGGAGGCGGAGAUGCGACGCAUCCGCUCCAAGCAGGAGCCAGAGGACGAGCAGGCGGCCCUCAUCAAGCAGCGCGUGGAGGAGGGUGUGAAGAGGCUCGUAGAGCAGUUCGAGGAGAAGCUGCGCGAGCAGGUGGACGAUGUUAUGAGGAGGUUUUCGAGGGCAGGCUGGAAAGAGUACCAUAUGCACGCAUGCUUUGACCUUGGCAAUGCUUCACGCCAGCAGGCCAAGUAG